AUGGAACAACCAUGUUUACAAGAUAAAAAGAAAUCAAUACUUCCUACACCUAAUACAAUCCAUUUUGAUGGAACCAAAUCACGAACAACAAAUGAAUGCUUGAUUUAUAAGCGGCGAGUCACGACGGCAUCUAUCUAUCUAUCUAUCUAUCUAUCUAUCUUGUCUGUUUGUCUGUCUAUAUAUCUAUCUCACACUGAUCUAUCUAUCUAUCUAUCUAUCUUGUCUGAUUGUCUGUCUAUAUAUCUAUCUCAUGAACUUUGCUAUCUAUCAUCUCAUCUAUCUAUCUAUCUAUUUCUUGUCUCGAUUGUCUUCUCCUCAAUAUCUAUCUAUCUAUCUAUCUCAGUUUGUUUAGUAUCUAUCUAUCUAUCUCAAUUUGUUCAACAUCUAUCUAUCUAUCUAUCUAUCUAUCUAUCUAUCUAUCUAUCUAUCUAUCUAUCUAUAAAUUUAAUAUCAUGCAUAUAUAAUUCUGUAUCAUAUCUAUCUAUCUAUAUCCAUCAUCUAUCUAUCUAUCUAUCUAUCAUCUAUCUAUCUAUCUAUUUAUCUAUCUAUAUUACCAUUUCAUUUCCAUCCUCCGUUUUGUUUAUUCCUCAUUCAGUAACCCUUUCUACGUUACAACACUAUCUAUCUAUCUAUCUAUCUAUCUAUCUAUCUAUCUAUCUAUCUAUCUAUCUAUCUAUCUAUCUAUCUAUCUAUCUAUCUAUCUAUCUCGUUGUACUUUUCUAUAAUAUCUAUUUUCUAUCUAUCUAUUCUAAAAUAUCUAUCUAUUUAGAUCAAAUUUUUUAUAUUAUUAACAAAGAAAUAUUGGAUCUAUUCUUUUAUCUAUCUAUCUAUCAAUAUUAUAUUUAUCUAUUCCUCUAUUCUAUAUUUCUACCAGUCUGUUCAAAAGAUACUAUUAUCUAUCUAUCCUAA